UCGCUUGAUAGAGACUGGCUUAACGAUUAGCUCUGAAGAUGGUCUGUUUUCCUGUACUGAUUUCCGAACUGUACGCUAUCAGCGUUACUGUAGCUAAUGGUUCAACGUUGACGACCGCAAACAACCAGGUCGGAUGUACAAUUUCUUGUUACCGUAGUAGAUUUUGUUCCUCGUUUUUUUUCAACAGCAAAACGGGGUUUUGCCACCUGAACAGACGAUGGAUCAGAAAUCUGACUUCAGCUUCAAGUGAUGUGAAUUAUUUUGUUGUUUAUCCAGGGAUCUGCCAGCUUGAUGGCUAUCAGUUUAUUAAAAGAACUGGAAUGUGCGUUAAUCUUUCAUCAGAUGAAAAAACCUGGUUCCAAGCCAAAGCCGCGUGCGAGUCUGAUGGAGGAAGUCUCAUAAAGCUUGACACAGAAGACAAAGUCAGGGACAUCUUAGACAUAUUAGAAUCAGAUUAUCCUCAGCUGUGGUUUUAUAUAGGGGCCAAUGACCCCAGCAAUACCCUGGCAUGGGAGUGGACUGACGGACAGCGUGUGGAGCGGAUGUGGUGGGGUCCGGGUCAGGACGAAGGAGCGAACGAACCGUGCGUGAUAACGGGUUCGAAACUCAACGACUGGAAGGACGUAAAAUGCAACGAGCAACACCGCUAUAUCUGUGAACAUUGACAACGUAUAGAGGGAGAGACGUAAAGUGUGACCAGCAACACUGCUAUAUCUGUGAACAUUGACAACGUAUAGGGGGAGGAACGUAACGUGUAACCAGCAACACCGCUAUAUCUUUGAACAUUGACAACAUAUAUGGGGAGGGACGUAAAGUGCGACCAGCAACAUUGCUAUAUCUGUGAACAUUGACAACAUAUAGGGGGAGGAACGUAACGUGUGACCAGCAACAACGCUAUAUCUGUGAAAAUUGACAAGGUAUAAGGCGAGAGACGUAACGUGUGACCAGAAAUAUCGCUAUAUCCCUGAACAUUGACGACGUAUAGAGUGAAAGAUGUAAUGUGUGACGUAAAGGGGGAGAGACGUAACGUGCGACCAGCAACACCGCUGAAUCUGUGAACAUUGACAACGUAUAGGGGAAUAGAUGUAACAUGCGAUCAGCAACAUCGCUAUAUCUGUGACCGUUACCAACGUAUAGGGGGAGGGAUGUAACGUGCGACUAGUAGCACCGCUAUAUCUGUGAACAUUGACAACCUAUAGGGUGAGAGACGUAGCGUGUGACCAGCAACACCGCUUUAACUGUGAACAUUGACAACGUAUAGGGGGAAGGACGUAAAUUGCGUCCAGCAACAUCGCUAUAUCUGUGAACAUUGACAACGUAUAGGGGAAAGGACGUAAAUUGCGUCCAGCAACAUCGCUAUAUCUGUGAACAUUGACAACGUAUAGACAGAAGGACGUAAAUUGCGUCCAGCAACAUCGCUAUAUCUGUGAACAUUGACAACGUAUAUAGGGAAGGACGUAAAUUGCGUCCAGCAACAUCGCUAUAUCUGUGAACAUUGACAACGUAUAGGGUGAAGGACGUAAAUUGCGUCCAGCAACUUCGCUAUAACUGUGAACAUUGACAACGCAUGGGGGAAGGACGUAAAUUGCGUCCAGCAACAUCGCUAUAACUGUGAACAUUGACAACGCAUGGGGGAGGGACAUAGGGCACUGCUCAUAAAAGUGUAUGGGGUUAAGGGGGUUUAAAGCCACGACGGCUUUUUUUUUUACUUCCACGGAUAUCUCACUGUUUCAUCUUCCUUCACUUCUGUUGUCAGAAGCGUAACCGUACGAGACGGGGUGGGGUGGGGUGGGGGUGGGUGAACCAAGAGUCCCCUAAUGCUGGAAAACAAAUUCUGAUAUUCGGGAGAGAUGUUCAUUCAUUAAUUCAUUUCAAAUUAUUUUCGUGCUUAUAUCCAAUUAAGGUACAAACACGCUGUCCUGGGCACAUAACUCGUCUAUCUGGGCCGUUUGUCCAGGACAGUGGGUUAGUUGUUAGU